AUGUUUUUGGAUAAAGGCAUUCAAACUUAUCAUGAAUGGGCUCUUGCGGUUGAUUCAUGGUUUGAAAAUCCUCCUCCCGAUUAUCUUCAGUAUGUUCCGAUUUGGGUUCAAAUUAAGAACAUACCGGUCAACCACUACACCAAAGAAGCUAUCACAGCAAUCAGGGAGCUUAUGGGACAUGUUGACACUGUAGCCUUUGAUCCUACAAAACCGCAGCGACAUGAUUUUGUUUGGGUCAAAAUCAUCUUGCAUGUCUCUAAGCCGCUCAGCAAAUUCCGUACCCUAAAUCUUCGUGGUGGCUUACAACACACGGUUUACUUCUUCUAUGAAAAAGUGCAGAAAAGAUGCUAUCUUUGUCAACAUUUGACGCAUGCAAGUGAUAUUUGCCCUUUUGUGAACCGAAAUCCUCCAAACCCUGGUGACACACCUGCUACCAGCUCCACUUCCUCCAGCCGUCAAUCUCAACAAGCUCAACAACCCCUCUCAGAAUCUGAUCCUCUGUUUGGUGUGUUGAAGGAUGAUCAAGUUGGAAUCCAUCCUAUUUCUGGUCGGCCUCGCAUUGCUCCUGAAGUUCUUCAAGAAAUGUGA